UAAAAGAAGAAGACGAGUGGAACUGAGCACGAGUGGGGAGCGAUGGACAGUUGCUCAGUGGCUGAUUGUGCUGACUGACGCUCCUAUCUGGGCGGCUCAGGCUCAUCCAAAUCCCAGAUUACCCCCAUCUCCUCCUCCUCUUCCUCUUCCAGCAGCAGGAGCAGUGCUGCCUUCUUUCCCUCCCUCCUUGUGUAACUGUACAGAGCGUGGAUUAGUGAGCUGCGAGGCGAAGCGGGGCUCCGGCCAAAAUGGUGAGGUAGGAAAAAGUGGUUCCACCCCAACAUCACCGGCAUCGAGGCAGAGCAGCUCCUCCUGACGCGAGGCGUCCACGGCAGUUUCUUGGCUCGACCGAGCAAAAGCAACCCAGGAGACUUUACGUUGUCUGUCAGGCGCUACGAUGAAGUCACUCACAUUAAGAUCCAGAAUUCUGGCGAUUAUUACGACCUGUACGGAGGGGAGAAGUUCGCCACUUUGGCUGAGUUGGUGCAGUACUACAUGGAACAGCACGACCUUCUGCGAGAGAGGAACGGAGAUGUUAUCGAGCUUAAAUAUCCUCUCAACUGCAAAGACCCCACUUCUGAGAGGUGGUAUCACGGGCAUCUUUCAGGCCGAGACGCAGAAAAGCUCCUGACAGAGAAAGGCAAGCCAGGCAGCUUUCUGGUGAGGGAGAGUCAGAGCAAACCUGGAGACUUUGUGCUGUCUGUUCUCACUAACGAGGAAAAACACGAAAAUGUGGACCGCAAGACAAAAGUCACCCACGUCAUGAUACGAUACCAGGAUGUGAAGUAUGACGUGGGUGGAGGGGAGAGGUUUGACACACUAACAGACUUAGUGGAGCACUAUAAAAAGAACCCCAUGGUGGAGAAGAGUGGGAUCGUAGUGCACCUUAAGCAGCCGUUCAAUGCCACACGGAUAAAUGCGGCCAACAUCGAGAACCGGGUGCGAGAGUUAAAUAAAGUCGCAGACAAUUCUGAGAAACCCAAGCAGGGCUUCUGGGAAGAAUUUGAGAUGCUGCAGCAGCAGGAAUGUAAACUCCUGUAUCCCAGAAAAGAAGGCCAGAGAGCUGAGAAUAAGAGCAAAAACAGAUACAAGAACAUUCUACCCUUUGACACCACCAGGGUGACGAUCACGGAAGCGGAUCCCGACGUGCCUGGCUCUGACUACAUUAAUGCCAACUAUAUCAGAAGUGUGCAGGAAGAGGACCGUCACGUGGACGAAGGCAAAGUGUUCAUUGCUACUCAGGGCUGCCUUCAGAACACAGUUCUGGACUUCUGGAAAAUGGUCUAUCAGGAAAACACUCAUGUUAUUGUCAUGACGACCAAGGAGAUGGAGCGAGGCAGGAAUAAAUGUGUGCGCUACUGGCCAGACACAGGCACAACAAAGGAGUUUGGGAAUGUGUGUGUGAUGAACAUGGAGGAACAGGCUGCUCAGGACUACAUCCGCAGAAAGCUGGAGGUCACAUGUACAGACCGAAAGGAAGCUCCUCGGUACAUCUGGCACUAUCAGUACCUGAGCUGGCCUGAUCAUGGCGUGCCCAAUGAACCAGGUGGAGUUCUCAACUUUCUUGAACAGGUCAACCGAACUCAGAACAGCAUUCCAAAUACCGGACCUGUCAUAGUCCACUGCAGCGCAGGGAUCGGAAGAACAGGCACCAUAAUCGUGAUAGACAUCCUUAUUGAUAUCAUAAAUAGACAAGGAUUGGACUGUGAUAUAGACGUCCCAAAGACCAUCCAGCGAGUGCGUCAGCAGCGAUCCGGCAUGGUCCAGACCGAAGCCCAGUAUAAGUUCAUCUACAUGGCUGUACAACAGCAUAUUGACACAGCACAGAAGAGGCUGGAGGAAGAGCAGAGGAAUAAGACGAAGGAAAGAGAGUACUCCAAUAUCAAAUACACUCAGAUGACAAAUACUAGGGCUUUGCCCAACUCCUCUCGCUCAUCGUCUGUAAUGAAUGAUGACACAUCCAGUGUAUACGAGAAUGUACACAUCAAAAACCCAAAGAGCCCCGUCUGCACAAACUCCAGGAGAUAGGACUCGGGGCUGCUGCCUCACACUCUCUCUAUUAGAGGUGCUAUGUGCAGGCACUUGGCUGUGAUGUGAUUUAGGAGCUUGAGUGGACACAUGUGUUGGAGGUAUGACUGGAGGACCCUGAGAGCUGCACAGCUCCUGCACUCCUUCCUCACUGACUGACUCGCUGUCUAAGUGCCUGAUCUGCCUCAAACAGCCAGAGCACAGCCUCCUCAGUGCUUCUCCCUCCAGUCUGAUAAGCCGGCACGGUUCUACCUACUGUACCUAGCGCUCAGCUACUCAAUCACUUCUGAACAAAGACUGUUACACAGGACUAACUCCAGGUUUCUCCAGACUUUGUCCUGUUCACACUCUGUAUGCCUGCUGCCAGACCUUGUGCUGUCCUAAAGACUUCUGUCGCAUUUCACUGGUUUAGCUGUGAGAUGCACACAGUGAAACAACUGUCAAUGGCAGAAGAUCUUGCUGAACUUGCACGCCAAAAAAACAACAAAAAACCCCAGCUAGAAUUGCAACUCGUUCCAGCUCUCAAGCUACUUCGAAUACCGAGAUGUUUCUAAUGUUAUUGUUAGCUAACAGCAAAAACGGGUGACUUUUUAAAGUGGUACGUUGUCGUAGAUGUAUUUCCAAUAAGCAGGCUGCAUUUUCUGCUUCUGUAAAAGAGUCUGCUGUGAUGCUUAGCAAAGCUUUAUCUUGUACUGAUUAUAUAUGAGGUCACGUUGCUUAUUAAUGGGCUCAUAGACCAAUCAGCUUCUGUGUUUGAGCUUUUUCUCUGCAGGCAUGGCCUCAGACGUUUUUUAUCUGGUUUUAGUAAGCUUUGGCAGCUCACUGAUUAUUUCUCUUACAGUAUAUCCAUUAUUCAUUUCUACUGACACGUUUUCUCUUAGUUGUGACUGAUAUUUUGUGACAGAUGUCAGAAUCGUUGCGCAGGGUUGAUUUAAAAAACGUCAUUUGAACGUUAUUCCGCAUUCUCAGAGGAAGACCCUAAAACCAUUUUGAUUGAUGUUCAGGGUUUGUGUAUUAUAAAUAUGGUGAUAAAUAGGCAUUCAGGGAUUGUAAUCUGUUCAGGGAUGGCACUCUGUGUUUCAUCAGCGGAAGGUCAGGAAGCGACUGGAGAUGUGUGCGAGUUAUGACGGGUUUAUGAAAGUCGUGGAGUUCAGGCAGAGAGGACAGGUCAUGCCGGUCGAGUUACAGAUGGUAACAGUCUUCUGUACAGAUUUAAGCAGUCCAGAUGGCCUAAGACUAGGAAUAGGUUUGCCUGUGAAAAAGCAAUUUGUAAAAUGCCAGUAAUCCACACAGGAUGAUUGGAAGAAACCAGCAUGACUUGUGAUGUCAAAAGGAGCUUGAUCUUCUAGAAGUCGUAUGCUGGCAUGAGGAAGAUUAGACAUGUGCACCAGAUUCUGAAUGCUUAAAAUAACUCAGGUUACGAUGGGUCGGAUUAAUCACCGUCUACAUCUACGCAAGUGGUUGCAGAGAAGACUAUGUAAGGAGGAAGGUGACGUGCUGAGUGAAAGAACUGAGAAGCACCCUGGCUGUGGUUCAGAUGAUAUAGUGCCCUCAAGAAUGAUAGGCACCUUUCAUAUAAAAUGAAUGUUCCCCAAAAGAGCUUACUUUCUUUAAUAAUGUUUAAUGUUUCCCUGGGGUGUAAAUAUGAGAUGUAAAAUUCACUUCUUUUUCAAGCCAAAGAACACAAAAAAACACUCAUGGUUAUUGUCCUGCACAAGUCAAGUGCUAAUUAUAAUAAGUAGUGAUUAAUACCAUUAAGCACAAUUUGAAAAAGUUGGAAAUAUGCCAGGAAUUUGAACCGUUGUCCCACAGCGAGGAGUACGGUGAUAAAUGGGUGAACUAGAGCCCAGAUUGUGUGAUUGUAAAAAGCAAAAAAACAAAAUCAAACCCAAACAGUUAUUUCGUAACAGCAAGCUAGCUGAAAGAAGCUCAACAUCAACAUGUGAGAUGUAAAAAACAUCUAAUCUAAUGCUGCACCUAAACUAAACAGCAUACACAAACCUGAGAAUGACUUUUAGUCUCUCUCUGUCUCUCUCUCUCUGUCUCUCUCUCUCUCUCUCUCUCUCUCUCUCUGUCUCUCUCUCUCUCUCUCUCUCUCUCUGUCUCUCUCUCUCUCUCUCUGUCUCUCUCUCUCUCUCUCUCUCUGUCUCUCUCUCUCUCUCUCUCUCUCUCUCUCUCUCUCUCUGUCUCUCUCUCUCUCUCUCUCUCUCUGUCUCUCUCUCUCUCUCUCUCUCUCUCUCUCUCUCUGUCUCUCUCUCUGUCUCUCUCUCUCUCUCUCUCUGUCUCUCUCUCUCUCUCUCUCUCUCUCUCUCUCUCUCUCUCUCUCUCUCUCUCUCUCUCUCUCUCUCUCUCUCUCUCUCUCUCUCUCUCUCUCUCUUCAUCCUUGUUAGACAUUACAGGAAGAGAGUUCUGAAAGUCUAUGAAGUGUUUUCUAGAAACAAAAUGUUGAAGUCAAACAAUGCCCCUCUAUAUUUUUGAGCACAACAUAUUUCUAAUUGCACGUGCAAUUUCUUUUAUUAAGUCAUUUUUGUUCAUUUUCAAAAAGAGUGGCAGUUAUUUUAGAGGGUGCUAUAUUCCACUUUCAGUAUUUUUCUGGCUGAAAUGUCAAAAAAAGCAACAAAGAGAUAAAAAAGGUGCUUCUCACUAGUGUAAUAGCCUCAAGUGUAUCUGUUUGUUCUAUUUCUACUGCAUGAUGCACACAGGAAAGUGAAACCUAGUGAACCGUUACUAUAGUCAGACCAUCAACCGUUAAGAUAUAGUCAGAAUCUGAGUGUAAAUAAAAUGUACAGAAGUCCUACCCUUCAGGAUCUCACACGAGUGAUGAGCAGCAGUGCAGUUUAGUUCCUCUUAUUAUCUGAGAUUGUACAUGUUUGGCCUUGACGGAAUCUGCAACAGCGAAGCAGAGGAGUAAACAUGACAGGCUGAUGUGUGUUAAACAGCGCUAUCACUGCUGCACUGAAUCAGGAGUUUUCUGUCCUUUUAAUGGCUAAUGGAUGCCAAAUAUGUCGUACCUACACGUGUGGAGGCUUUAGCUUGUGGGGAAGAUGAAGCUUUAUUGCUAGAAAUGUGCUACAAAUAACCGGACACUGAAAGGAGAAACGAUGGUGCGAUGUUCAAGCUUAUUAACCAGCUCAUUACCACUGUUGGAAAGAAAGAAUUUUAUUUAUGAAUCCUCUUUUGUACAAGGAUGCUCGUUUGUCUCUUCUUGAUAUUUGUUGUGUUCACUUUGCCACUGUGAAAAUGGCUAAGGGGUCAAAUCUUUGGUGUUUUGCUGAGACUUCAAUACUUGAAAUUGUGUAUGAACUGCUGAGUUCUAGCUGCCGGCAAGUGUGAGAACGUUUCGUGGAUGUUAACAUGUAGAUAACAUUUUGCUAUGAUGUUGUUUUGUCAUCACUGAUGAAUUUUAGAUUCUAGAUUUGAUUUAUUACCGAUUUAUUAUUUAGUAACACACGUGAAUUGAUGAGUAAUACAUGUGAUAUGAUGAACUGUUGACUGGUUGCUUUUGUAAAUUGUUUUAGAAUUCAUUGGCAAAAUUAUUAUUAUUAUUAUUAUUAUUAUUGUUGUUGUUAUUAUUAUUAAUAUUAUUUGGACAGGGCAAUGUUAAUAAUCCUAAGGUAUGCAAAACAUUGCUAUUGUACAUUUUUUAAUUAGUUUCUUUCAAUGUUUUUUUUUUUUUUUUUUGAAUCACAGGUUUAACGGUAUGCUGUCUGUCCCUGUGUGAAUACUGUUUUUCCUCUUGCACUGGCUAAACCUGAACGCCUUCUUUUCUGAUAACCACAGCUGAUGCGAUGACUAUCUUAACUGAUAACAAAUAAAUCUAUAGAAUAUUUAAA